GUUGUAGUUGUAAACAAAGAACACAACAUAACCUCUAUUUCAGUGGAAUCUUGUGGUGCAUUAUAAUAGUAAAAUACCUAAAAACAUGAUUUAAAAUUGAUAUAGUUAGGUUGUGGCUUAACUGAGAAAAGUACCGACUUAUAUACUGUUUACGGUUACAUCGUUUUUGAUAGAAAAAUGUCGCAUCAGAUGGGAAAAGUUGUAUCGGCAAUUUUGCAACGACAUUUUGGUGAAAUCGUGCAAACUGUGGGCUAUGAUUUAUUUACUUAUGGCAGUAAGCCCAUCAGCAUGAUAGUAAGGUCUACGGGACUCCCUCGAAAUCUGGUGGUAGAAAGUCUUCGCACAUUACUCAAGUUUGAUUUGGCAACAUUUGAACCUUAUAAUGAUCUUGAAGUGAUAGCAGAUUAUAAGCUACUUCCUGACAAUGUGCUCUUAUUAAUUAGAUACCCCAGGUACUUGUUACAAAUUAAGAGUAAGUAUGGGAGUGAGGCUGAGCUGUUGGUGGAAGAGUUACUGCAGCAAGCCACCUGCACGGCUACAAAACUACUUUUCACUAUAGCCACGAAAUAUAAAGACGAUAAGGAGAAAAACAUAACAAUAAUAGGCUUGAAGGACAUGUUCAUAAGUUUGGUGACAGCGGGGUACAUUCAACAAGCACCAGUAGCUGAGUUGAAGGAAGGUAGUGAGAUUCCUACACUGGUGCCUGUCGCCACCAUCAUACCAGAUCUCGACAGCAGAGCCUUGUUACAAGCCAUGAAUGUUGGACACAUCAAUGACAUCAAUGAUAAUAUUUACUGGAGGGUGAACUACGACAGGUUCCACCUCGACUUUAGAGACGAGAUCAUGAUCAAAGCUAUCACGAGGAGAAUUGACGAAAAUGCUGGUGAACUGAUGCGGUUUUUACUGGAGAAGAUGUACCUGACCUCAGCACCCUGGGCGCCGGAGUCCAGCCCGCUGUGCGCCGUGGAGAUCCGCGAGAGAUGUAGGAGUGCCGCCACUGAUAAACCACAGCUACAUCAGUUUGUCGACCAGUAUCUUAAAGUAUUAGAGGAGAGUGGUGGGGGCUUCGUCCGUCGCGUCGGGGACGCCGGCAGCGGCCAGUUCGCGGUGCGGUCGCGGCACGCCGCGCGACAACUCGUGCUCUGCGCCCUCGAACACUGCGUCACGGAGAGACUCGGCUCCAAGGCCGCGCGCAUAUUUAGGUUAAUAUACACAAAGAAGUAUAUAGAAGAGGAUGAUAUACAGAAGAAUGCCAUGUUGGUGAACAAGGAGUGCAAGCAGCUCACGUACAAACUGAUGGAGGAACAUUUCAUUAGUGUACAGCCAAUGAGAAAAGCAGCUUCAGCGGGCGGUAUGGCAAAGGCGAUAUAUUUAUACCAUGUCAAGUUACACAAUGUGGCGCAUACAGGCUUAGAGAUGUGUUACCGUUCCCUGCACAACGUGCUCCGUCGCGCGGCCCACGAGCGCAGCGCGCACGCGCGGCUCGUCGACAAGCAGCGCCGCGUGCGCACCAUAGUGCACGGGAUGCGACUGCGCGGGGAGACGCAGCGGAACAUUGAUGAUGUGGAGGAAACCCUAACACCUCCUGAGCUGGCCGUACUGCAGGGUGUUGAAAAGAGAUUGAAACAACUGAGCACAGCCGAACUAGAACUAGAUAGGAACCUCUUUAUAUUCAAAUGGUAUUUCAUGUAUCCAUAUACUGAAUGAUUAUAGUCAUCUUAACUAUAGACUGCUAUGUGUAUAAAUUAUU